UUGCAUUUUGGGUCCAGCCCCCUGACUGCGCUCCGGGGCUUGACGGGACCUCGGGUCGCCCUGAGCACGAGCUCGCGUGGUCCGGGGCAGGAGCGAGGGGCAGUAGCUGCUCCCUGACAGGCGGAAGGGGUGAGGACACACCGGGCCCGCCCUCCACCUACUAAGCCGAGCGGGUGCAGCGCCGCUCGCCAGUCACCGAGGAGGGAGCCGCGCGGGUUGCACCUCGGGUGCCCCAACCAUCGCCCAGUGUAGAAGCCACCCACCCACUCACCCCUCUAACGCCGCGCCCUUUCCUUGCCUGCCAGCUUUCCACCAUGCCCGGGGGCGUGCCCUGGUCCGCCUACGUGAAAAUGCUCUCCUCCAGCCUCCUGGCCAUGUGCGCCGGGGCCCAAGUGGUGCACUGGUACUACCGGCCUGACCUGACAAUACCUGAGAUCCCACCAAAGCCUGGAGAACUGAGAACGGAGCUCUUGGGACUAAAAGAGAGACACCAUGAACCUCAGGUUUCACAGCAGUAGAAGCUUUAAAAUACAACUCUGCCAAGAAUUCUGUGAAUAAUACUUUCCACAUAUAUUUUUAAAUGUAUUGAGUAAAACUACUUCUUAAAUCAUCUAAUCCAAAACCAAAUGCUGGUUGAUAGGAACUGGUAAGAUAGAUGUUCUUUUAUGAUUCGGUCAGUAUUUUCUAGUCUCACCUGGAGCUCACUGUGCACAUCAGGCUGGCCUGGUUGAUAGGAACUGGUAAGAUAGAUGUUCUAUUAUGAUUCGGUCAGUAUUUUCUAGUCUCACCUGGAGCUCACUGUGCACAUCAGGCUGGCCUGGUUGAUAGGAACUGGUAAGAUAGAUGUUCUAUUAUGAUUCGGUCAGUAUUUUCUAGUCUCACCUGGAGCUCACUGUGCACAUCAGGCUGGCCUCUGCAACAAAGUCUUGCUGUGUAGCCCAUGUUGACCUCAGGAGAGUCCUCCAGCCCCCACUUCCCAAAUAGUGGAAUUACAGGUAUGAAGGACCGCACUCAUAAGAGCUGCCUAAGCUUCAGCUUCGUGCAUUUGGCCGGGAGGAUGAGACUGAACAUUUGCAAUGUCUCCUGCCAGUAUUCUCUGAAUGAGCUUGGUUAUAAUGGCAAGUUAUAAAUUAAAGAAGUAAAAGUCAGUGAGAAUGCUUAUAGGGUCUAAACAUUGAGAAGUAGUAUUUGUACUAAACUGUAUAAAAUAUUCAAAGUUCUUUGGAAUUGUGUGCCUAAUGGAAUUGCAACAUUAGUAACAACUUGUCAAGGUGCUUAAAUCCCCAAAAUUUGAGAAAGUGAACUAAAAUUGGCAUUUUCUUUAUACAUAUAAAAUGAAAGUGCAGUUGAACUGUGUCCCUAAAAAAUGUUGACCUCAACCCUCGGUGUCUGGGAGUGUAGGAUUGGGGCCAUGAGGGUAGGCCAGAUGCGGUGACCACUGUCUUAAUGCCACUAGAACAGACACAGGGAGGACAUUUUGUAAAGACAGUCUGAGAUUGGAGCGUUGGAACUGCCAGCCAAGAACACCAAAUAUUUGAAGGCUGCACCCGAAGCUUGGACGAGGAAAGGAAGGAUUCUGCAGUCUCAGAACAAGGCCUGCUCACACUGCACCCGAAGCUUGGACGAGGAAAGGAAGGAGUCUACAGUCUCAGAACUCACACAGCACUUCCAGUGUUGUCCUUCAGAACCUGACACCACAUCUCCUGCCGCCUAGAUUUCUACCAUCAGCUCUAGGAAAUGAACUCGUUUUAAGAUUUUGCUCAAUCUAUAAAUAUAGAACAAGAUAAUUUAUUCAACAACUGACCUAUUUUUUAAUGUAUGAAUGCAUUGCUUGCAUGUCUGUGCACCACAUGCAUGCCUAGUUGAGGG